GCCUCGGUGUGACAGGAAGAGGAAGUGGUGAGGAGGCCGAGCUGUACCUGGUAAACCAUGAGGCUCGUCUGCUCCUCUCCUAUAACACAAGCCUGCAAACCAUCUCAGCCUUUCCAAAUAAAGAUUCACCAUGUGUCUAAGCUGAAUCUGGAGGGAGCGUCUUCAGCCCUGUCCUGACUGGCACCUGAGUGACUGGUGCUGGAGGUCGACAUGACACAGAACAGUGCUGGGACUGGUAAUGGCACCACAAAGAAGGCAGAUGAACUCAAAAUUGUGAUUGUUGGAGAUGGAGGCUGCGGGAAAACAUCUCUUCUGCUCGUUUAUGCUCGAGGAAAUUUUCCAGAGAAAUAUGCUCCAUCAGUGUUUGAAAAAUAUGUCAGCACCAUCUCUCUCGGAGGAAAAGAGAUACAGCUCAACCUGUAUGACACAGCCGGACAGGAAGACUAUGACAGACUGAGACCGCUCUCUUACCAAGAGGCCGACCUGAUCCUGGUCUGCUUCGACGUGACCAACCCCACCAGCUUUGAGAAUGUCCUGAUAAAGUGGUUCCCUGAGGUGAAGCACUUCUGUCAGGACAUACCGGUCAUCCUGAUUGGCUGCAAGACCGACCUCCGGAAGGACAAGGAGUGUGCGAGGAAGCUGAAGGCCUUGAGUCUGUCUCCCAUCACAUACACGCAGGGUGAUGAGAUCCGGCAGCAGAUGAACGCAGAGCUCUACCUCGAGUGCUCGGCCAAGUAUCAGGAGCACGUAGAGGACAUUUUCAGAGAGGCAGCCAAAAAGGCUCUGGCCUACCGUCGGAAAAGAAAAAAGUGCAUGAGGAAAAAGACAUGUGUGGUUUUGUGAAGUGGAAGGGACGGAGUCUCGAGAAGCCCACUCUGCAGACGAGACCCCACAGGUGAUGACUUCACAAAGACACCAGGAGAUGGUUCUGUUCCUGCAGGUUGAGGCACCACUGAGUCAUGAGCUCGUCUCCUUUUACCGAAAGUGAUGCAACAGGAAAGACGAUUUUGCAAGAAAUGGCCGGGUGGAGAUAUGUGCAAGUCUUACAUAACUUGAAAUCAAAUCUAUAUAUAUUUUUUUGGUUACUUAUUUUAUACGGAUAUUAUAUUUUAGUAAUUUUCAAAAGAAAAAGCGUUAUACGGUUUGAUUUAUUGGAGAAAUUUGCAGUCAGCUCUUAUGUAAGAUAUUUUCCACAGGUUUUUAUAUGAUCAUUUAAAUGGGGUUCGGUAGAAAGCAAGCACCCUUAUAAAAUAGUUUUUGAAAUAUAAUUGAGAAUGGUUCUGUAGCUUUAAAUCUUAAGAAAAAAGGAGGGUUAGUUCAUUUUCAGUAAAACUAAACAUUGGGCUCGAAGGUUUUUGCUUCAUCAACUGAAGCUCUAAUCUUUGCCAACAGUGCCCACCAGUGUUAAAAACAUGGAAUGCAUCAGUCAACUACAAAUACAACACUGAAACAAACAAGUGGCUUUAUGUUUGAGUGAACAAGACACAGAAAUUGCAAUUACGUGUUUUUAAUUUUAAAUAUUUCUUUACAAGAAUGUACACAGAGAAAUUGUCAACCGUCUCUCGUCACUGAUCUUGUUCAGGCACCAGUUACAGAUUCAAGAAGAUUGAUGAAAACAUUUAUUUAACAUCGGCUACAUCAUAAAAACAAGGAAGUCUUUCACUGUGUUGUGCAUCCUGGCAGCUCAUGUAACAUUUUAGUCUGUAACUUGUCAAUCAUCAAUAAAAGUGAUGUGUAAAUACUGUGA